UCGUUAACACGCAUGCGUGGACUGAUCGGGUGAUAAGGCAAGAUGGCGUCUGACGGAGAAGUCCUAACCACGGGCAUUAUAUUUCUAUAUUCUUACAUAUAUGUUGUUUAAUAGAGUACACACGGUUAAUAAUUGUUUGUAGCCGGAUACAUUAGUCUGAGCGCACUUUGACACUUCUCCGGUUGGCUAACUUCAUUUAAGUUAGUUUGCAGCUAGUUUAGCUGGCUAGUUAGCUUAGCUUGUUAGCUGCUAACAAAGAGACGCGGAAGUUAUUUAAACAUCACUAAGUAGGGAACUAAUGUGAGUGUAAAGUGUUGUGAUCGUGUGAAAAUGUGCGAAAGAACAUUGGCAAAGUACGAGGAGGAACUUUCUCGAACAAAAGAGGAGGACGAACGACAACAUCAACUACUGGAUGUUUAAUACAAGAAACAUCAUCAAGUUGUGUUACACAGAACAGAUGUCGGUGAAGAAGAACUUCUGCCUGAAAAACAGGAGUGUAGCUUCAGGAUGGUGAAGGAGGAUCCAUCAACAAGGAAGACCAGGUGCCACGGACCCUCUGGCGUUUCCUUUUCCUCUUUGACACAGACCCUUCCCUGUAAAAAGGAAAAGGAAGACUCACUGAUGCCCCACAUUAAAGAGGAAGAGGAGGAACACAGCAUCAGUAAGCCUAAAUGGUUGGUGGAGUCCCCAGUGACUGGUGUCCCUGUGAAGAGUGAAGAUGAUGAGGUCAAAGGUGAAAGUGAGGAGAAGAGAGAGGCGGAGCCUCCAAACAGCAGCUCAACACAACACAUGACAACAGAAGCUGAUGGAGACCACUGUGGAGGAUCACAAGCAGAAGUGCUCUUAGCUCCACUAUCAGAUAGUGAGGACACAACGUCACACUCUCCUGACACUGAUGAUGAAGACUCUAAAGAUGAUAAGACAUGUCACACUGACAACACACACUUCACAUGUUCUCUCUGUGACAAAACCUUUAAAUACCAUCAUCUUCUGAAAACACACAUGAGAAGACACACUGGAGAAAAAACAUUUAUAUGUUCAAUCUGUAGUAAAGGUUUUGUAGAAAGUCGGUAUUUGAACGUACACAUGAGAACACACACUGGUGAAAAAACUUUUUCCUGUUCAAUUUGUGGUAAAGGUUUUGUUGUCAGUCACAAUUUGAAAGUGCACAUGGGAACACAUACUAGUGAAAAACGUUUUUCCUGUUCAACCUGUGGUAAAGGUUUUACACAAAAUCUAUAUUUGAAAAGACACAUAGUAAGACACACUGGAAAAAAUACUUUUUCUUGUUCAACCUGUGGUAAAGGAUUUACACAAAGUCAUGAUUUGAAAGUACACAUGAGAACACACACUGGUGAAAAACCCUUUUCCUGUUCAACCUGUGGUAAAGGAUUUACACUAAGUCAUGAUUUGAAAGUACACAUGAGAACACACACUGGUGAAAAACCUUUUUCUUGUUCAAUCUGUGGUAAAGGUUUUACACAAAGUCAGAGUUUGAAAAGACACAUAAGAACACACACUGGUGAAAAAUCAUAUUCCUGUUCAAUCUGCAACAGAAGCUUUUGUGACCGAUCAAAGCUUGUAGCACACAUGAGAAGACACACAGGAGAGAAAGUGUUGAGUUGCAGUGUGUGUGGUGAAAAAUUCUCUUAUAAGUACCAGUGUGAGAAACACAAGUGUGCUGGUGAGAACAGCAGCAGCAAAUGAAACUGCAGGAUUUGAAAUAAACUGUCAAGACUUUAAUUUUGACUUUCUAACAACAUCAGCACAUAUAACAUGUGUGACAUUGUUGUUUGUGUAACACAAUGUUUUUAACAUGCUUUUAUUUUUAUACGCCAUUUUUUUCAGCCCAUUGCAUGCAAUAAUAUGCAACAUUGUGUACUUUUAUAUUUACAUAUAUUAUUACAAGAGGAACAGUUUUACUCAAAAGGUCAGUAAAUCCAAAACAGUACAAAACAUGUGAUACAUGAGAAUUAGAUUUAGUGUACAUAUAUUUUAUACAAAAUAAUCUCCUUUUAAAAUGUGUGACUGUAUGUGUAACAUUGUUGUUUGUGUAACACUAUUUUAAAAUGUUUCUACAUUUAUAGAUUAUAUAUUUUGUAUUUGUGUGUUUUUUUAGUAAAGUACAUACAUUAAUAUGCAACAUUGUGUACUUUUAUUCAAAAUUGAACAGAACAAUUUGACUGAAAAGGUGAGAGUAAACAGUACAAGACAUAUUUUACAUACAUUAAAAUAAAUGUAAGUGUAUAUAUAUUCAUCAUACAAUAUUAGACUUAUUCAUUAUAGUGUUUUUUUUAUAGGUGUUUGAAAUAUUGAAGUGUGACAUAUUUUUAUUUCCAAUUAUUAAUCAUCCCAUAGAUAAGCACCUUUAUAUGAUAUACAUAUGUACUGGUUCACAUCUGAAACAUCUUCUGGACCACUUCAGGAAGUAUAUCAUUAUUUACUUUAAACAUCAUUUGAACAGUUGUCUUUUAUACCAUUUUAAAAUGCGUGACUAUUAAUUAUUUGUUGGGUCUCUACAAGUCCAUUUUAUUAGUUAUUUUUAUUACUCUUUUGUAAUAUGAUGAUUGUGUUGUUAUUGUUUUAAAUGUAUGUCCCGAGACCUUCAUGCAAUAUAAAAGUGAGAGAAAAUUACUGAAUGUUUGUGGAAGGAUUGUUUUGUUUUUAUAAACUUACAUUUGUGGAUAAAACCAAAACCCUCAAUAUUGUGUUUUAAAAAUGUUUUAUGUUUAACAUCCCCAAAACAAUACUGUAUCAAUUUCAGAAAACAAGUGUGGUGUGUCAGGCAAAAGCCAAUAUUGUACAUUCCCAGAGAUAUUUACUGUGCAUACAUUCAUAAAAUAAACUAUGUAUUUUGUUUCCCUAUCACAGAACAAACAAGUGUUGUCUUCAAUUGCAAAAAAACAUCUUAAAAAUGAUUUUAAGUGGUCUAUUCAAUGUUUUUUUCUUAAAUAAACUCCUUUGCUUUUGGAAGAAUAGAAAUGUUCAA